AUGUCGUUUCGAUGUCUUCAUCUGAGAUAUCGCAAGCACACCUUGGCUGACCAGAGCGCAUGCAAUCGCAAGACGGCCUUUCGUUACUACUCUCACGCCCCAGAGCCUGCGUCCUUGAAACAUGAAAGCACAAUCCCCGAAGUCACCAUCAUCCGACCCUGCAAAGGGCUUGAACCCUACCUCUAUGACUGUCUGGCGAGCACGUUCCGUCAGGACUAUGCACGAGAGAAGCUGCACAUCAGGCUCUGCAUUGCGUCCCGCAGCGACCCAGCCCUUCCGGUGCUGGAAAGUCUCGUGAAAGACUUCGGAAGCGAGUACGACGUACAGAUCUUUGUGGAAGAAGAGGAUGAGCUCUUGCAGGGGGGAGGACUACAGCUGGGACCGAACCCGAAGAUCAGGAAUAUGAGCCGGGCCUACCGAGAAGCGGACAGGAGCUCGAAUGGUCUGGUGUGGAUAGUCGACUGCAAUGUCUGGAUCGGCAUACAUACGCUGGGCAGGAUGAUCAGGACGCUGGAGGGCAACAAGUUCGUGCAUCAAUUGCCUCUUAGUAUCGAUGUGACCGAUACUUUGCACCAGGGUUUGAAGGAAACGCGAAGCUGGUGGUCUGUAGGUGGAAGCCGCCUUGACGAGAUGUUCAUGUCGACGGCACACGCCAAGUUUUACACUGCGAUCAACACUGUCCUCAUCGCUCCUUGCAUCGUCGGGAAGAGCACCAUGUUCCCGACGAGCUACUUGGACAGUCUUACUGAAGGCCAAGGCAUUGACUACUUCAGCUACAACAUCUGCGAGGACCACCUCAUUGGUGACUUGCUCUGGAAGGGGGAGGUACCUGAAGAGAAAGCAGGCUCGAAGUUGGGCAAACACGCGAUGUGUUUCGGGGACUUGGCCAUACAGCCGAUGGUGAACACAAGCGUGAGCGAGUACUGGAACAGGAGAGUACGGUGGCUGCGCGUGAGGAAGUUCACGGUCACACUUGCAACAUUGGUGGAGCCUGGGACAGAGAGCUUUCUUUGCUCUACCUACGGCGCAUACGCUGUCACGAGCUUGCCGUUCUUCCAUGAGUCUCUCAGCAUACCUCAGACUUGGGCAGCCUUCGCCAUCUUCUGGCUCAUCAGCGUAAGUCUGUGGUGCGCGAUGGAUUGGACGCUGUACCGCAAGCUUCACUCUGGUGCUUCGGUGUGGACGAGCUCGCAGAUGCAUGUGCCGGAGUUCGCGAAGCAUGCGAAGGGCGGCAAGAGUCGGCCUCUUCGCGAGUGGCUAAUGACAUGGAUCGGGCGGGAAGCGCUGGCACUGCCGAUAUGGGCAUGGGCGUUCUAUGGUGGAACCGCUGUGCAGUGGCGCGGGAAGAGCUUCUGGGUAGGGACAGAUAUGAAAGUGCAUGAAAUUGAGAGCGACGCGAACAAGACGAAUGGGCAUGCGGUUAUGACGAAUGGGAAGGCCAGGUACGACUGA